ACCAGAACAGGGGAGCUAGGGCCCUACGCCCUAGAGAGGUGUCUAGGUGUGAGUUUUGCAGCUCCUUUCCAGGCACAGAUUGGUCCUAGAGAUAAAAAAGCUUGAAUUGAGCAUGUGUCUCAAUGGAUACGUCUCCCCUUUUUAUUGGUUAGUGAUUGUUGCUAGGAUCUAACAUAUGUCCUAUAUAAAUAUAUGUAUGAGGGAACUAGGGGCAAAGUCAAGAUGUAAUCCAGGCAAUAAACUUCUACUAAUGAGCAAGGUGGUCUGAGUGUUCUGUUGGGGUAUCGCAUGCUGGUCGUGGCUGGAGACGUCAGAAGCCCUGGGAGAGAAGAAGAGAGUAAAACUCAACGAAAAAAAAAAAAAAAAGCAGAGGCAGUAGGUGUUCCCUGCAACUGUUUGCCCAGCUCUAGGAGUGGAGAGGAGAAAGACAAAAAAGAAAGGAGGCCCAUGAAGAGGUUGAAGCACGUGCUGAACUUGUUGAUUAAAUAUCAUCCUGUUUUUGGCUAUAGUUUUUUUAGCCUGCUGACAGCUGCCUCAGAGUACAUCUUCUCCAGCGUAGUAUUCGAAUGCCCCUGCAGCGCUAUCUGGAACUUUCCCUAUUCCCUCGUCUUUCUUCUGGUUCCAGCCCUGAUUCUUUUCUUGCUAAGCUGCCUUUUGAGCACCCGGGCCAUGAGACUCAUGACAGGUUGCUGUGCUACAGGCCGAGAGCAAUACGGGUGCAAAAAAGAUAGAGUGGGACUGUGCGUUCUUGUGGGAAUGUACUGUCGCUUCAUCUUGGCCGCUACUAUGGCGCCCAUCACCUGGAUCGCAGUGGCGCUACUCGGGGGAGGUUUCUACGAGUGCGCAGCCAGCGGCAGCACGUGGGCAGCUCGGUUGUUGUGCCCUGAUCAGGAAGGCAGUUGUUCUGAGCAGCUGCCACGGGUGCCGUGCCAGAAUGAGAAGUCGGAGAAAGUCCAGGAGCUUUUGAAGGAGCUAAAGGCACAUUCCCAGAUGGCAGGCUGGCUCCUGAUAGGUCUUCUUAUGAUUAUUUUUCUGAUUUUCACAUUCAUCAUCCGAUGCCAAUCUUCACUUACUGUUUUUCACAAUACGUUCAAGGAAGAAUAUUUUAAAAAGGAAGAAGAGAUAUUGAGAAAUAAAGUUACGGAAUGUGCUCGUCAAUUGGCAGAAGAGAAUGUCAAAUGCUUCUUUGAUGGCUCCCAGCCACAAGAGAUCAAAAUACCAAAGUCUGAAGAAUGGCAGAUUUCAUCACAGUAUAUAGUCAAUCCUGGACAUCCAUAUUACAGUAUAUUACACAAGUAUGUAAACCAGAGGAAAGGUGACUGUAAUACUUACUUGUAGAGAGCCAGGAGGUAAGAUUCCAUUCCAGGUUUUGAGUCUUACAGUGACUUGGCUCGCCAAAAUUCCGUUAUUGAUAUAGCAGAGACUGUUUGUCAAUAUAAUAAAUUAAUAAUCUAGUGACUGAAGCAAAAUGCAAACACUACUAUUUGGAUUAAAAGCUAAACCUUUGAAUUUAGGACAGGAAAGAAAGUCCACAAGGAGACUAAAGGAAUUUGGAAGAAAGAUACAUGAGAUAAUAGUAUAAUAAACUUUAUUUUGAUGUAUAUCUUAACUAUUUACAUUCUGCCUAAGUAAUCAAGAUCCAGGGCUUAAGGGGUUUAAUCAUUUACAUCAUAGUAGAAUUUUGUUAGGCUGUAAGAAUUUUAAAAGAGUGUACUUUGUAUCAAACCUAUGAGCAUUUGAGGUAUA